AUGAUCCUCACCAGUUUAUCAGGAGUAAGAACACACCAACCAAACAUUAGUACUGUGACUACAGAUAUAGCAGCAAAAAUUAAUGGUACAAAGAAAAAAUUACGUCAGAUGUUUACUGAUAUCAUUGAACUACGGAGGAAGCUCUUCAAACUGCCUAACUCUAAUUAUCCAGUUUCAAUAUUACCGGAAUACUCUGUACCUUUUGUAAUAUACCUCCUGGCACACAAUCCAUCAUUCAGUCGGAUCAAUCACAAAUCACUUCUAACCUGCAGAGAUUGUCUAUUGUUCUAUAUUGAGCCUCUAAUAUCUAAAGCUGAUAAUUACUUGUUCCUUGGUAAGAUGUUUGAGCUGAUCAAGCAAUACGUUGAUGCACAAUCUCCCGAUGAUCUUGAAAUCAAUAAG